AUGAACCCCAACAGACUUCAAUCACAGCAGCAAAGGCCCGGCGUGAAGAAGAGUGCUUUGGGAAGUUUGUCGGCAGCUACAGCGGCAGCCUACAACUUUCUUGCUCACGACUUUGAAUUCGUACCGGACCGGUAUCAUGACGAUAAGUUCUUACCAACACGGCUAUCUCGGGCGGGAUCUGGAAUCCGACUCGGUCGCGCUCGAGGCCGGAACAACUACCCGUUAAGACCGCCGCCCGUUCGAAAGAGAACAUGGCAAAGGGAUGUGAAUGGGGAGUUACGCAGCAAAUCAUUUGAGGAGUCACAGUUCAGUCACCCAUACGAUGAAGCACGCGGAGGAAGCGGCCGAAACCCAUUUGAUGACGCCAAUGAGGUGGAAGAACAGGAAGACGAAGAUGAGUCCAGUAACGACGAGCCAUAUCAUGUCUUCCCGAAGCGACAAAAGUGGGUGGUCAUUGUUAUCAUUGGCACUGCAGGACUCUUCAGCGGCUUGUCGUCCAAUAUCUACAACCCUUCUCUCGAUGCUAUUGCGAGGGAUCUCAAAGUGAACUCCUCACAAGUUUCACUCACAAUCACGUCUUAUCUGGUCAUGCAAGCUAUUUCCCCUCUUCUAUGGGGUCCCAUGUCUGAUACGUUGGGUCGGCGGCCUACCUACAUCGCAUCUUUUGCAGUUUACAUUGGCGCCAACGUCGCGCUUAGCUUCUCGCCAAAUUACCCCGUGUUGCUUAUUUUCAGGGGUAUCCAGGCCGCGGGCAGUGCUUCGACUGUCAGCAUCGGCAAUGGAGUCAUCCAGGAUAUCUCUCCGACUUCCGAGCGUGGAGCUUUCAUCAGCUUCUAUCAAGCUAUUCGGAACUUCUCCACAGCUAUCGGUCCUGUCCUCGGCGGGGCCUUGGCUAAUUCACUCGGGUUUCGGUCCGUGUUUGUCUUUUUGCUCAUUGCCUCGUCACUGAUUCUCAUUGCCAUUGUUGUUUUCCUACCGGAAACAAUGAGAAGCAUUGCCGGAGACGGCUCACUAAGACUCGAUGGCCCUGUCUACAAACCUCUCAUCAGAUACGUGACCUCGGAGCCUCAUUACAUGCAGGAUCCAGAUGGCCCUUUGAACCGCAAGAGCGUGACGAUCUGGACGUUUUUAAGACCUUUCAGACUUUUUAGAGAGAAGGAUCUCGUUAUCAAUCUUAUUUGGGGUGGUUUCAUCUACGCCAUCUGGAACAUGGUUACAACCAGCACAACACCAGUCUUCAAAGCUCGUUUUCCAUUUUUGAACGAGCUUCUCUUGGGUGUUGCGUUCUUGCCUAACGGCUUUGGGACCAUUGUUGGAUCCGUCUUGGCUGGAAAGCUCCUGACUCGAGAUUACAAAAUUAUUGCCGCCGAAUACAAAGCGACGCAUAACAUCAGAGAAGACGAGGAACUGUCACCGAAAGACAUACCUGUCGAUUUCCCUCUUGAGAAGGUUCGGCUACAACGGCUGCCGUGGAUCGUGGCCUUAUUCACCGCAUCUAUUACUGGCUAUGGUUUUUCCCUGGCAUACCCAACGGCGACGUCACGCAACGGAUGGAUUGCGCUUCCGCUGACCAUGCAAUUUCUCAUCGCGGCUUCAGCAAAUGCCAUAUUUGCUCUGAAUCAGACGAUUAUUUCGGAUUUGUGCCCUGGGCAAGGCGCAAGUGCGACAGCCAUCAACAAUCUGGUGCGGUGCGGAUUGGCUGCUCUGGGGGUGGCAUUUGCCGAACAGAUGAUCAACUCUGUGGGGCCAGGGACGGCGUUUCUGGUUUUGUCCAUGGUAGUCAUUGCGAUUUCACCUAUUCAGGUGGUCAACCAGUUCUUGGGACCCAAGUGGCGCGCGGAGAGGGCGAGACGCGGAGGAAUGAAGGCUUCGCAGGCGGAAGAGGAUCGGCAAAAAGCUUAG